GGCGUCGCCGCUCCGGCCCUGGCCACCCGCCGCCGCCGCCCCCAUGCAUCCCUUCUACGGUCGGGCCGCCAGCAUGAUCCGCGAGAUCGCCGCCGCCGUGGCCUUCAUCUCCAAAUUCCUCCGCACCAAGGGGCUGACCAGCGAGAGGCAGCUGCAGACCUUCAGCCAGAGCCUGCAGGACCUGCUGGCCGAGCAUUAUAAACACCACUGGUUCCCAGAGAAGCCCUGUAAAGGAUCAGGUUACCGCUGCAUUCGGAUCAACCAUAAAAUGGACCCCCUGAUCGGACAGGCGGCCCAGCGGAUCGGACUGAGCGGUCAGGAGCUGUUCCGGCUGCUCCCCAGCGAACUGACCCUUUGGGUCGACCCCUACGAAGUGUCCUAUCGCAUCGGAGAGGACGGCUCCAUCUGCGUGCUCUACGAAGCCUCGCCCGCGGGAGGUGGCACCCAAAACAGCCCCAACGUGCAGAUGGUAGACAGCAGGAUCAGCUGUAAAGAGGAACUUCUCUUGGGCAGAACGAGCCCUUCCAAAAACUACAAUAUGAUGACUGUAUCGGGUUAAGAUACGGUCAGAGGAUGGAUCGUCUUACGGAUGGAUCGAUUUGAUUUCGUUUUUUGUUUUUUGUUUUUUUUUAAAAAAAAAACCUUUUUCCUUUUCCUUUUUCUUUUUCCGGCUUCGGGUGGGCUCCUCUUGGGGAUGGAUUAUGGAAUUUAUACCGAGUCACAGCUGUGAAGAUCUGGCACCAAGUUGAAGGGUCCGUUUUUAAAGUGACAGUGCCAUAGUUUGGACAGUACCUUUCCGUGAUUUAAUAGCCUGUGAGUCCAAAUAAACGAUCACUCCCGUUUGCUAGGGAGUGAAGUGUCCUAGGGCGGAUUCAGUCUCUCCCCUUUCACUUAAUUUCUCCGUCGAUUCCUUCGACUCGAACCCGUAUCCGUGACUCCCUCUGCGGCCGACCUCGCAGAGCCGAUUUGCACUAUUACACCCAUAUAAAUUGUUCUAGGUCGACCCUUUUGGCAGCUCAGUGGCGAAGCUCGAGUGUUCAAACACAGCAGUAGUGGAAAUUGUACGACAGACUUUUACCUAGCACUUACGAUAUGUAUAAAAUGUACAUAAAACGGUCGAUUUAGCGAGCGUGACCCGGGAAAAGGGGUCAGACCCGGUUGUCGUGUUCUCGGCCCCGGAAUUACUAAGUGACCGGAAUCUGCCGUGGCAACAGGCUUUCAAAAGACCAGAUAAAGACACUGUCUGAACUGUGGUGUGUGCGUUACCACCAGCCAGCUCUCUGUACAUUUGCUAGCUUGUAGUUUUAUAAGACUAAGUAAACUUCUUAUUUUUAGAAAGUGGAGGUCUGGUUUGUAAUUUUCCUUGUACUUAAUUGGGUAAAAGUCUUUUCCACAAACCACCAUCUAUUUUGUGAACUUUGUUAGUCAUCCUUUAUUUGGUAAAUUAUGAACUGGUGUAAAUUUGUACAGUUCAUGUAUAUUGAUUGUGGCAAAGUUGUACAGAUUUCUAUAUUUUGGAUGAGAAAUUUUUCUUCUCUCUAUAAUAAAUCGUUUCCUAUCUUGGCAUUUUAA